UCUUUCUUCUCCCCCUCUUGCAGUAGUAUUUAGGAUGCUGCGAGCAUCGCUCUUGCUCUGAUCCCAUCGGCGGAGCUUAAUUAUAUAUUUAUUAUUUAUUAACUUAUUUGUAUAUCCUUAAUUUUAUAUAUUUAUUAAUUUAUCGACGCACGUCGACGUCGUCCAUGGAGUCCGUCGGCGGCGGCGGUAGCAUCCCGAGGGCACAGGCGGCAUCCUCGCGGCGUCUGGGACGCAGCACCAGCUUGGCCUCCCGCGCCGGCGCCGGCGCUUUCGCCUACGACGGGAUGCGCACGGCGCCGCUCUUCUCGUCGGCCAACUUCGCGCGCUCCCUCCGCAAGGCGGCCUCCUUCGGCCACAAGAAGGCCAGCGCAGGCGACGCGGACGCGGCCGCGCCGCCACCCCGGCGGGCGCUGAGCAGCAAGGAUCAGAACACCGUCCACACCGCGGACGUCGGAGCUGUGAUGCUGUCCCCGCGUCGUUCGCUGACCGAGGAGCCGACUAGGCGGAGGCGGGGCACUGCGGGGACGUCGCCGGAGGAAGCCUCUGGAAAGGGAUCAUCAACCGGCGCGCUGAGGGAGACGAUGGCGCGUAAGAUUAAGGAGGGGCCCGAGAAGGAGGAGGCGGCGCACCGGGCGCGCGUGCUCUCCGCGCGGCUCCUCCAAUGGCGGUUCGCCAACGCCCGGAUGGAGAUGGCCGUCGCCCGCGCCACGUCCGCCGCCGAGAACAAGCUGUUCUACACGUGGCUGCGCGUGGCGGAGCUGCGCAACAUCCAGGCGGCGAAGCGGAUCGUGGCGCAGCGGCGGCGGCAGAAGCUGAAGCUGGCAAGGCUGCUGCGGCCGCAGCUCCCCCUCCUCGCCUCGUGGGAGGCCCUUGAGCAGCCGCACGCCGACGCCGUCUCGGACCUCACCCGCGUCCUCUCCGCUGCCUGCACCUCCCUCCCCGUGACCGCCGGCGCCCAAGCCGGCGUGGAGGCGCUGCACGAGACCAUGUUCGCCUGCGUGGGCAUGGUGACCGAGAUCGAAGCUAACGCCGACGUGUUCUACGCCACGGCCGGCGCCACCAGCGGCACGCUGGGCGAGCUGGCGAGGACGAUACGGCAGGAGGUGGACGGGCUGGAGGAAGUCAUGCGGCUGGCCAGGAUCGUCACUCGGCUGCAGAUGCAUGAGGUGAGCCUCCGAUCCAACUUAAUUCAGGCGAGGCAGAGGCUUGAUCAAGACAUGCGAGUCGCCGUCGCCGUCCCGACGAGUGCACCUCCCGGCUGGUGCUUUUGAGAUUUGAUCAAUCUCACACGCCAUUCUUAAAAUAAAGAUAAGAUGCGGAACUUGUGUCACCGUGACAGACUGACGGGAGGCUUCACCUCUCCUGAACUCGUUCGUGUAUGCAUAUGUGGUUUUUUUAAGGAAUGUAUACGUGCUUCUUAAUAAAUUGCGUUUUUAGAUAGUAAUUUGUGUUAUUAGGAGAGCUAUGUGUAUUGAACGGGUGUGUGCUGUGAAUAGUAAACUGAGUCGUUUGUGGUAUCUUGUAACUUGAAUAUUUUCGAUCUGAACCGUCUCAAAUCUUUAAUCCAGUUUUUCAUCCC